AAGAAUCUGCAGCCAUUUUGUGACUGACUGCUGCUUGCUGCAUCUCCCUGCCCUCCAUCUGGUUUCAUUGGCUGUACAUCUUUGUAUCAGAGCAUCCUGGCGGGAUCCUGGACGCAAAGCUUAGCUUGUUCUACAACAUGUGGAGGAUUAAAAGAUAUCAGAGGCAUUAAAAACUGACAACUGUAAUUUUAAUAUGCCAGACAGAAUGUCCCAUUUUCUGAACACUGCACUUCAGGGGCUACUCAUGAUUCUGGGAGAAAUUCCUGCUGAGGUGAUCAGCCAACUGAUUCUGGCCCCUGGGACUACAGGAUCACCAGUGGCACUCGGACAAAGCUGUCCAAUGACUGAGAACUCCAGAGAUAGACAUACAGAUUUUAACCAGCUUUGAAGUGGAUCUCCCCUGGUGGACUAAAUAAAUGCUUGUGCCCAGGCACACAGACUGUAGUUGAAUGACGAGAUUGGAGGGACAGACACAGGUGAUGAAUUGUUUGGAAUCACUUGUGCAGGGGAAAAGCUCUCAAACUUGUAGUCUAGUAUAGCCCCAAUGAACUCAAUUUUUUCUGUUGACUUGCCCCUGUUCAAAAUCAGUCCCAACAAAUUGAUGAGAUUCAGCAUGAAGUGAAGUUUAAGGACUUGGUCUUCAAACUUGCCCUCACUAACCAAUCAUCCAGGGAGAAGUCUUGCUGCCUAGCAGGAUAAGCUAUCUGCCUGAAGUACUGCUGGGAAUAUUGACAGUAUUGCUGCUGCUGUUGCUGAGCUCCAUAAUGAUGACUCUUAACUUCUGGGGUAACCCCCAAUGAACACACAGUGGCCGGAGAGUCCUUAAAGGAAUGCAGCAUCUCAUUAGUCUUUUUGGAAAACAAGAACUGACCAUCGAAGGAACAGCUCAGCUGCCAGCAAAAGCAGGUGCUCUCACCGUAUCUGAGCUCCAGAGGAAAUAUUUAGGAAAUGGAAAACCUGAUGCUUGGCUACAGUUCCUGUAAAGUUAUCUGGACACUGCUUAUAACAAUUUUAGGCUAUACCAGCUGUCUGCCUGUGGGUGAUGAUUCUGUUUGCACAGCAGAGGAAGUUGCUAAGUACAGCAUAGUCUUUGUAGGGAAAUGGAGUCAGGCUGCUUUCCCUAAGCAGUAUCCCCUUUAUAGGCCUCCAGCACAAUGGUCUUCCUUGCUAGGUGUUACCCAUAGUUCUGACUAUACCAUGUGGAAAAAGGAUGAAUAUGCCAGCAAUGGUGUGCGUGAUUUUGCUGAAAAGGGUGAAGCAUGGACAUUAAUGAAGGAAAUAGAAGCAGCUGGAGAAAAAAUUCAAAGUGUGCAUGGAAUCUUCUCAGCUCCUGCCAUUUCCAGUGGUACAGGACAAACCUUCACGGAAUUAGAAGCACAUUCAAGACACUCCUUAGUUUCUUUUAUUGUACGAAUUGUGCCUAGCCCUGAUUGGUUUGUGGGUGUUGACAGUCUAAAUCUAUGUGAAGGAGAUCAUUGGAAAGAACAAGAAACAGUAGAUCUUUUUCCAUAUGAUGCUGGAACAGACAGUGGUUUCACAUUUUCCUCACCAAACUUUGCCACUAUUCCACAGGAUACUGUUACAGAGAUCACUUGUUCCUCUCCAAGUCACCCAGCAAACUCAUUUUAUUAUCCCAAGCUAAAAAGUUUGCCACCUAUUGCUCGAGUAACCAUUGUAAAACUUAAAAGAAACCAGCUGGGUCUUCCUGGUUCUCAGCCUAACCUGACUGCUGUAGGCAAUGAAAUAGAUGACUCUGUCUCAGAAACACCAUUGGACUGUGAGAUUUCACUGUGGUCUUCCUGGGGUCUUUGCAGAGGUACUUGUGGAAAGAUAGGGACCAAAACAAGAACUCGUUAUGUACGCCUUCACCCUGCCAAUAAUGGAACUCCUUGUCCAAAUCUGGAUGAAGAAACAGAAUGUGAACCAGACAAUUGUAUCUGAAAUCUCCUUUCCAAUGGAAUUUAGAUCAUUUAAAUUAAGGUUAGAUUUAGUUGACUCUAUACUCCAUGUCAGUCACUAUUCCUUAUAAUUCAGGUAUGUUGUAAUGUUUUAUUGAAAUGUUUAAUUAGACUGACGCUGAUUUUAUUGUUUGAUAUCAAGAGUUUUUUUAAUUACUUAAUUUUAGUCCAACAGUUCUUGAUCAUUUACAGGGAAAACAAAACAAAAUCCACUGAAUCCAUUCCUUCCUACAAAUAUUGUGUAAGUUCUUGCAGUGCCAUCUAGUGGCAGAAAAGAAUUUUUUUAUAUACUGCACAGUUCAUUUAUGUUAACAAAUCUUUUGAAUACAAUCCAGAUUAUCACAUACAUUCUUAAAUAUUAGAAUUUGUAGAUUUAAAUUUGUUUAUUUAUACCUAUAAAGCUAAUUAUUAUGUUGCUGUAAAUUAUGUUUUAUUAUAAUUUAUUGGCAUUAAUGUUGACUUCUUUUAAUCAUGUUUAAUUGAAUACAUUUCUUUGGAAAACACUUACAUAAACCAGAGUGACCAGAUAUUGUAACAUAGUUAGGACAAUAAAAUAACUGUGUAAACUGGUCUUGAAUCCUAUGCAUGCAGAGCAGGAGGUUUGUUUUUCCUCAGACAUUGGAAAAAUCCAAACUACAAAACUACUCAUCACAGAAGCUUCAUAUAAGCACUCAAAAGUCUGUAUACUAAUGGAGAGCCACUGAACUCAGUUGAGUUGAAUCUCUUUUCAGAUUUAAAAACUGACUGAUCUUUGGUGUGGAUCCCUACCAAAUAAACUGACUGGGAAAUAACUGGUGAAAAAUUGUAAAGUCUGUUCAGCUGACUAUAAGUUAUACCAUUUUCUACAUGUAUGAAAUAAAUGUGUCCAUGUUCUCUAAAAGCAUACG